AUGAAUGCAUUUUUUGAUGGAUAUGUUCAUGCGAAAACUAAUUUAAAGGAGUUUGUGGACCAAUUUGACAAUGCCUUGAAAAAGAAAAUUGAGAAUGAAAUCAGCUCGGACUUCCACUUAUUUAGCGUUUCCAUUCCUUGCAUAUCUAGAUCUCUAAUCGAAAAGAGAUUCCAAGAGUUGUAUACAAAUGCAAAAUUCAGGAAAAUUCAACAGCAAAUUAUGGGUGUACUCGAUAUGGAUCCAUCACUACUUAGACAUGAUGGUGUGACGAAGACAUAUUUGGUAGAAGAUGAAAUUCGUGUUGAGGAGUUCACUAAACAUGUUACAUAUUAUGUGGACUUUAAUGUGGAAGAAUGUGAUGCUAAGUGUUCGUGUGGGUUAUUUCAGAUGAGAGGGAUACUAUGUAGACAUAUCUUGGCCAUAUUCAAGUGUAAUGGGAUAAAAUCCUUGCCAGAUAGAUACAUUUUAGAUCGAUGGAGGAAGGACAUCAAACGGAGAUACACGUUAAUCCACAAUAGUUAUGACCCUGGGUCUCAACGGGAAGAUACUAACAGAUAUUCAAGUCUAUUCAAUAUCUGUUAUCAGAUGAUUACCCUUGCAGCAGGUUCGAAAGAUCAUACUAAGGAUGCUACUAAAAAGUGA